AUGAACCUUUGGAGAACAUUCCUGCUGAGUGCUGGGCUGAUAUUCUUGGCAGGGACAGCCUCAGGAUCACUUGUCAAGCCCCAGGAGGGCAGCAUUGCUGGAGGAACAUGGAUUACGAUCACUUUGGAUGGCUCAACAUCCCACCAGGUAGAAUCUGUCUCUCCAGCCAGUCCAUCCCAGCUGGAAGUGUCCCUGGUGCAUCCAGACCUGCCCAGGCUGCCGUGUGAUGUCUCUCCUCUGUAUUUGGACUUGCCCACCAUAAGGUGCAGAACAAGGUCUUCGCCCCAGGAGGGUUUGUACUACGUGGAGGUGACCUUUAAAGGACAUGUGAUUAACAACCUGUCUGAGGUGGAGAAAGAGAACUAUUCUUUCAAGUUCUCAGCCGAGCAGACACCUGUGGUUUACCAAAUUAAUCCAUCAUCUGGCACACCAGGAAAUUUAAUACAGAUUCAUGGGAAGACAAUUGCUGACAGAUAUGAGACCCUGGACUUCAACGUGGAUUAUAUUGAUGGGCCCGCUGUUCUUACAUCAGAAGGAGAUGGAUGGACCAGUCUCUGCUCUUUUGCCGACAGGAGAGCUGGAAGCUCUUACCCUGUUCAGGUGAAGGAUGGACUGGGGACCCUGCAGUGCCGGGUGGAAGGGAAUCACAUAGGGUACCACAACGUCAGCUUCUCAGUGUUUAACAAAGGAAAGUCAGCAGUGCACAAAGGUGCUUGGCUCAUCAGUGCCAAACAGGAGCUUUUCCUGUACCAGACUCAUCCAGAGAUAUUCUCCGUGUUCCCAGCCAGAGGGAGCCUGGCAGGGGGCACUGAUCUCACUGUCACCGGGGAUUUCUUUGAGGAGCCAGUGCAGGUCACUGCUGCAGGUGUUCCCUGUACGGUCAAGCACGUCUCUCCCCGGGAAAUCAGAUGCACCACCGAGCCUGUUGGUGAGGGCAGGAGACUUGGUGCCCCCCAGCCAGGAAACAGAGGGCUUCUCUUUGAAGUCUGGGAUGAUGCCUCUGAUCUGACAGAAGCAGGUCCUGGAUACAGAUGGCAGUUUGUACCUAAUGCCAGCUCCCCAGUAAGGUUUCUGUCUGGGGCAGAGAAGUCCUUCAGCUCCAGACUCCGUGGGUUUUUCGUGGCUCCUCAGACCAACAAUUACACCUUCUGGAUUCAGGCAGAUGGUCAAGCAUCUCUCUACUUAAGUUUGUCCCAAGAUCCAAAGCAGAAGGUGAGAAUUGCUUCUCUCCCUGCUGGCAAUUCAGAGUGGUCUGAGAACUGGGUGAAGAACUGGAGUGAACUUUGGCAGCCAAAAUCCCAGAAAUUUGAACUAACUGCUGGCUCAAGGUACUACCUGGAAGCACUGCAUCACGCCAAGACACCCAGCAAGGGGAUGAGAGUUGGAGUCCAGAUUCACAACACAUGGCUGGACCCCUGCGUGGUGAACAACUACUACACUGAGAGGCACGAAAUUCGGGCUCGUGCCUUGCAUCUCCCAGAAGUGCAGAUGUUGACUGUGUCUGGUACAGGUUAUUUCAGUAUCUCCUGGAACAACACGCUGAGAAUGAUCCCCACAAAUGCUACAGCUCACCAGGUGCAAGCAGCAAUAGAAGAACUCCUUUCAGUAGGAUGUGAAACUGAACCAACUUCUGCUAAAAUCCUUUUUCGCUGUGGUUUUGAGAAAGAAGAUAUGAAGAAUAUCAUCACCACAGGACACAUUGUCAGUGGAACAGAGCCUUUCUGUGGGAGAUUCAGUGUCCACAGACCAAGCCAGCUGGUGAAAACUUCCCCAUCAACACUGCCAAGAUAUGACCUUACUAAAUACCCACAUGUGUGUUUUGCACAUAAAGGACAUAUGAGCAACAUCCUUCAUCUCUCCGUGUCCUACACCAAUGUCUCUUCAUGUCCAGUGAGGAGAAACAUCACCUGCCAGUGGGACUUCAAUGAAACUGACUCUAGAAGCUGGACAUUUACCUGCACCAACCUCUGGAAGAGGUGUGUGAAUCUCUCUGUGCUUCUCCAGGACUUCCCAGCCAAUUCCCCAGUGUUUGUGCAUCAGAUAGACUUGCAGAGCCCUGUGCUGCAAAAAGAAACAAAUGGAUCAUUUUAUCUUGAUGAUCUCAUCAUUGCUGACAGAUCUGUGAUUGUUUCUCAGAGAGACCCCAAACCCCCCUGGCCAGGGGGGAGGAUCAUUGAAGCAGUAUCUGUGGUGGGGUCUCCUCCUACCUACAAUGUGUCCUGGGAGGUGUCUGGCUGUGAUGCCAGUCUGCCCCUUCUCUCUCCAAGAGGUGCCGUGCUUGGGGAGGGCUCUAAGGAAUAUGGACACCUGUACGUGUCCACGGAGGAUGUGAGAGUUAGCCUCACCAUCCAGAGGCUGCAGAAGUCAUCCCCACCUCUCGGAGGAACCUUCCACAUCCACUUGGCCAACACAGUGAUACCAGAUGUUUCGGUGCACAUCUCUGCCCACCAGCUCCGCAGGCUUUUGCAGGAUAAUGUGGACAAUUUUACAGCUCCCUUCUUCAACACCAGUGACUUCACUGUGACCAGAGACUCCAGCUUGUGCUAUGAAAGUGUCUGGACACUGACUUGGAAAAAAACAGCUGGGGACUUGCCCAAUGUUAUCAGUGUCUCUGCUGAAAACCUCACUGGCCUGAAGCCAACUGUUUCUACUCGUGUGGUUUAUGAUGGGGGCGUGUUUAUUGGACCAAUAUUUGGGGAUAUGCUUGCCACCCUCCAUAACCAAACACAGGUGGUGGUGAUGGUGAAUGAUGUCCUUGCAAAUUGUUCUGGCUCAUGUUCUUUCCAGUUCAGCCGGGAAUUGACACCCAUAGUCAGAGAUGUGGAGUAUUCAUCAGGUGAAGGGUCCCAGGCCACAGUGGUUCUCAGGGGAGCUGGCUUUGCUGAGGAGCAGCUGGCCCUGCAGGUGGAGGUGGACAGGAGGAGCUGCCACGUCACAUCUCUGAAUCAAACCCGAGUGGUUUGCCAGGUGCCGAGGCUGCCGGUCGGGAUCUACCCGGUGACCCUGCUGGUGGCACCUCAUGGCUUUGCUCUUGGUGGCACCACAGGACAAGGGAUCUUCCUCACAGUCCAGCCAACACUGGGAGUUGUUGAACCUCCUUCGACUUCAGAGAUUGGAGGACUUAGAGUGACUCUCAGGGGGACCAAUCUGGAAGGGGUAAAUGCAGUGCUGUUUGGAUCCCAGCCUUGCCCAGUUUUGGAGGAGGGCAGAAAUUCAACAAGAAUUCAAUGUAAAGUUCCUUCUCGGGGGGCAGAGGAUGCUGCUGUCCAUGUGACACUGAUUUUUGGGUACAAGUCAACAACAGUAACCAACUUAUUCCAGUAUGAUCCUUCCUUAAACCCUGAACUUGUAUCCCUGAGCAGGAACAGAAGUGGCAUAGCAGGAGGUGAGGAGCUUCACAUUGGAAUAUCCCAGUUUGCCAGCUACCAGGGCUCAGAUGUCAAGGUCCAAAUUGGGGACUCAUGGCCACAGAUCCAGGCACAGACAGAGCGUGGGGUUAAUGUGACACUUCCAGCCCUGCCUGCAGGGUGGUACAAUAUUUCUGUCCUCAUCAAUGGCAUUGCUGUCGCUUCAAACAGGGUUGAGCCGUUAAUCCAGUACCUCUCCGAGAUCUUCAGCGUUGAGCCGUGUUGUGGCUCCGUUCUGGGUGGAACACUGCUCACAAUCUCUGGGGUGGGCUUUAGCCAAAAUCCUGCCCUGGUUUCUGUGUCAAUGGACAAUCAAACCUGUACAGUUACUCACCUGGAAGAAGAGACAAUUUGGUGCCUGACCCCGCCAGCUGUUAAUUUGUCUAAUGACGAUUCAUGUGACAUCUCUGUCAGAGUAAAUGUAGCCAUCAGCAGUGGGUCAUUUCAACAAGCUCUCUUUGCAAAUAGGACCACCACCUUUAACUACCAAAGAGCUUUGACUCCCCUCGUUACUGCUGUUGAAACAGAAAUCACAGAUGGCAGCCUGCUCUUGAGCAUUCAGGGAAUAAACAUCACUGGAUCUGUGGCUAAGCUUGGACACACUGAAUGUCAGCUUGAGUUUCAAUGGGGCAACCAGUAUGCAAUGUCUUAUCAGUGCUCUCUGCCACUGAACAGCCUGGAACCUGGGACUUUCCCCAUCCAGGUUGUCCAGAGGCAGCUGGGAUAUGCUCAAGUGACAGCAAGGCAGCAGGCCCUCACGAUAACUCCACAGAUAACCUCCAUAUUCCCAUCGCAAGGAUCAGUCUGUGGUGGAAUGUUGCUCACUAUAUCUGGUAUUGCUUUGAAAUCCAGGAGGAAUUUGAUACAAGUCAGCCUGGAGAGUAAUUACUCCUGUGAGAUCCAGAAGUCUGAUAAUGACUCCAUCAACUGUGUUGUCCUUCCAGGGGCUCAUCCUUUGCACCCUCAGUGGCUGGCUGAGGCAUCUCGGGCUCUCAGUGUCACCGUGGUUGUCAAUGGGGUCCGCAGUGUGUGCCUUGGGGGCUGUACUCUCCACCUUCAGGAGCACUGGACCCCCCUGGUACAUCUGGUGACCUGGAAGACCAAUGGGACAUCCACCCACAUGACAAUCAAAGGGCAGAGGCUGGCAUGGCAGGGUGACAGCCCCGUGGUACAUGUGGAUAACAGCUCUGCCUGCAAGGUGACUUUUUGGAAUGAGACCAUCAUCAAGUGCCAGACAGCCUGCCUGGCCCCAGGGGAGCACAACAUUUCCAUAUCCAGCAGGAAAAGUGGCCGUGCUUGUUUCAGAGGGACAUCCAACCUUCUCACCAUCCUGCCUUGGGUGUACCAGUUUUACCCACGGAAUUUCAGCACCAAUGGGGGAGGCCUGCUCAGCUUAGCUGGGUUGGCUCUGAAGGGAAAGAGGACGACUUCAGUCCUCAUAGACCAUCACCCUUGCUUUGUUGUCAACAUCACCUGUGUGUUCAUCCAGUGCACGGUGCCUCCGGGGAAAGGCACGAGGGCUCUGAGUCUGAAAGUAGAUGGACACUCCUAUUACCUUGGAACAAUAAGUUACAGUGAGGAAUUCACCCCAGCUUUCCUUUCACUUGUUUCCACUGGUCUUCUUUUAACUUUGACAGUAUCGCAGGUCACAGAGAUGGACAUUAUCCAGGUGUUUAUUGGAGAUUUCCCUUGCAGCAACAUCACCAUCAGUCGCUCCGUGUUGCAGUGCACAGCUCCUCUGCUCCCUGUGGGCGAGUACCCUGUGCUGGGCCUGGAUAUUCCCAGGGGAUGGGCUUCCUCCAACCUGAUGUUCACUUCUCAUCUGACAGUGACAGCUGCAUGUCACAACUGGGGUGGCUUGAAUGGAGGACAAGUUUACCUGCAUGGAACUGGGUUUUCCCCAGGAAAGACUUGGGUCACAGUCUGUGGCACCAGCUGUGAACUCCUGGGCAACAUGACAGUGACUGAGCUGAGCUGCCUUGCCCCACGCCUACGAGCCUCUUUGGCCAUUCUCUGUGGUCUGACACAUUCUUCUGCCAACUGCCAAGAGGACAGAGCCACUUUCAUUGAAUGUGACAUCCAAGUCCUGGUGGGCACCUCCCAGCAAAGAGAAUCUGUGUCCUACUUCUAUGUCUGUGGGGACACCCCGCCCCAGGGACAUUUUGCUGGACUCCUUGCCAGCCCUAAAGUGGAAAGAGAUGAAGUUCUCAUCUAUAAUAGCUCCUGUAACAUUACCAUGGAAACUGAGGCAGAGAUGGAGUGUGAGGGAGCUAAUCAGCCAAUUACUGCCAAGAUUACUGAGAUAUGGAAAAACUGGGGCCAGAACACUCAGCUUGCCCUCCAGUUCUGUGGCCGGUGGGACGAGGACUCCAGCUGGCCUGCUGGCCACCAGCCGCGAGAUGGCGAUAACGUCACGAUAGAAGGCGGCCGGACCCUGCUCUUGGGGACCACCACGAAUGUCCUCAACCUGCUGCAACUCAGAGGUGGAAAACUCCUGUUUACUGGACCAGGGCCUGUAGAACUGCAUGCUCAUUACAUCCUGGUGUCUGAUGGAGGAGAGCUCCAGGUGGGAUCCCCUGAGGCCCCUUUCCAUCACAAAGCACACAUCUAUCUCUACGGAAGCCUCCACUCUCCACCAUUAUUUCCAUAUGGAGUCAAAUUCCUGGCAGUGAGGAAUGGGACCCUUUCCAUUCAUGGCUGGAUGCCCAAAGUAGUUUUCACACACUUGAAAUCAUCAGCUAAUGCUAGUGACACACGAUUAGUGCUCCAGGAACCUGUUGAUUGGCAACCUGGUGAUGAAAUCCUGGUGGGAAGCUCAGGCCUUGGAGAGGCACAGCAGCAGGAGGAAGUGGCUGUUAUCCAGUCUGUGAACAACAUGGAGUUGCACCUUAGAUCACCACUCAGGUAUCCCCACAGUGUUGGAGAGGAAUGGGGCAAUGGCCAAGGUCUGCCUUCGAGUGCUGUGGUGGCACUGAUCAGCAGAAGGGUGGUUGUUCAAGGAAAUGUCACGCUGGAGAGGGUGUCCCACCUCAGGCAGUGUGUAAAUACAGGUCACUCUGGGUGUUUGUACAAGAAAAGUGAGAGGCAGCUGGGCUCCCGGGACCUGGGAGCCAUCGUGGUUGUGGAGGCCUUCCAGGGACAGGCGAGCCGGCUCCAGCUGGAGGGGGUCCAGUUCCGCCACGUGGGCCAAGCGUUCCGGCGCCACUGCAGUGCCCUGACUGUUACUGGCAGCACCUGGAUGGCAGACUCUUACAUCCGUGGUUGUUGUGUUCUGGACUCCUUUGGCCAAGGCCUCCGUCUGAGUGGGAUCUCCAACCUCAGUGUGGACAGCAAUGUUUUCUACAACAUUUCAGGCCAUGGGCUUCUCCUGGGUGAGGGACUGGAAGAGGAGAACAACAUUAGUAACAACAUAGUGUUUGGCCUUUCUGUAACUGAUGGUUUAUCCAAUAUUGAGACACUGUCACCAGCAGGGAUCUACAUCAAGGCUCCUGCCAGCCACAUCAGGGGUAACACAGUGUGUGGUGCUGGGUAUGGCUAUUUCUUUCAUCUCUCCCCUGAGGGACCAUCCAGAGUGCGUCUCCUGUCCUUCAGUGAGAACACAGCUCACUCCUGCACAAGGCACGGGUUGCUGGUAUACCCAGAGUAUGUGCCAGACAGUCAUGUUCACUUCAACAACUUCACAGCCUGGAGCUGCCAUGGGGGAGCACAGAUUUUCAGUAGCAGGAACCUUGAACUCCAGCAUUUCUGGAUUUCUGCUUGCAAAGAUUUUGGCAUUGACAUUGUGGAAAGCCUGGGAAACACCUCUGUGUCUGAUAGUGUUUUAAAUGGACACCUUGGGCAAAAGGAUAGGACCUGUAUGUCUGCAGGACUGAAGACUCCCAAAAGAUACCAGCUCUUCAUCUCCAAUACAGCUUUCAGGAACUUUGAUGUGAACACUUGCACAGCGAUCAGGACUUGUUCUGACUGUUACCAAGGGCAGGGUGGGUUUACAGUGACAGCUGAACAUCUGACCUUCACCAAUUCUCCUUUCCAAGUGUCCUUCCCCUUUCCUCACUCUGCCAUCCUUGAGGACCUUGACGGCUCCACCACGGGACAGAAGGGAAGUCACAUCCUGCCUUCCACAGAUAUCCUGGCAGCAUCUUGCACAGCCAGUGCCAACUUCAGCCAAGCUUCUGGUGGCAGUGUCUGUGACAGUGACCUUGUUUUCCACCGUAUGGCUCUUCACUUAAAAGAGGCUCCAGACAUUCCCUAUAAUUUAACUGUGACUGACAGUAGGAAUAAGUCAAACACAGUCAAUUAUGUCCCUGAUACUUUAUCAAACCUGUAUGGCUGGAUGGUUCUUCUCUUGGAUAAAGAGACAUACACGUUGACAUUUGACAACCCUUUGGUCAGCAAACAGCUCCAGUAUUCAGUGACAUUUAGCAACUUCAAGGCUGGGAAUUACCUGCUGGUGGAACACAAGGAUCUCCCUGCCCACCUUGAGGCUGUGGUGUCCUGUGGGACAAGGAGGGGACAGUCACUCCAGUUGGUACCUUCGUACGGACACCACAGGAGCUGUGAUUGGCAUCUUGACAGCAAGCUGGGGACGUUCACCUAUCUGGUCACAGGAGCUGACUUAAUUCAGGUGACAUUGAAAGAGAAGGAAAGAGUGGCUUUACCUGCCCCAGUUCCUUCUUGUGCUGUCUUGAAAUGGUCACUCCCAGAGACAUGGAAUGGUGUGGGAAAAGGCUGGGGUGGAUCCAAUGGCAGCAUCCCAGGCCCUGGGGAAGAUGUCAUCAUCUUGCCAAACAGGACCAUCCUGGUGGAUGUGGUUCUUCCCCCUCUGAGAGGACUCUACAUCCUGGGGACCCUCGAGUUCCCCAGCAACUCCAGCAACGUCCUGAGCGCAGCCUGUGUCGUUGUGCUGGGGGGUGUGCUGAGAGUGGGUUCUUUGCAACAUCCCCUAGAAAGGGAUUUAAAGCUGCUGUUCCUUCUUCGGGCUUCUGAAGGGAUUUACUGUGAUCGUCUGGAGGACAUAAAUGUCCAACCAGGGAGUAUUG